CGCACGCAAUCCAACUUGUCUCUACAUCCCUUAUCACUUAGAUAAGGUUUUUUCGCACGUAAACGGACAAUUUUUUUUUGUACAUCGAGCCGAAUGAAACAAUAAUUGCGUUUGUACACUGUGAAUGUGAGCUUGUGUGUGUGUGUGUGUGUGUGUGUGGCAAUGAAAGCAGAGUGUGUCGUUUAAAAAGAAACACGGUGAAACGAUAUCGAGACCAUGGAUUGAAAUCGCAACUUGCUACUGGAUGUUUGUUCUGAUUGAAUAGAAAAGUGGGAGUGGACGUUCCGUGACGAACUUCGUUCAUUUUGAUCGUGGAUAUUCGAAACUGUGACAUUUGUGAUUUGCUGCCACUUCGUUCGCAAUGACGACUCCCUUGUAUGUCAUCAACUGGAACGUCAAUUGGCUUUUCUGGGUGCUACUCUUGUUCACCUUUUGUCCAGAGAAAUUACCGUCGUCAGUUUCAGCGGUGGCCGUUGUUUCGGAUUUAUGGAGUCCUAAAGAAUCCGGCAGCUUGGCUGUCCACCAUUCGCACGAGAACAAGCAGCUGGCGACGAUGCCUUCGUUCGACGUGUCUUUGCCACUCAACGUGACCACUCAAUACGGCGCUCAUGCCCAUCUUGUCUGCCGGGUCCAGGAUGUGGCCAACAAAUCGGUCUCUUGGGUGCGCAAGAAAGACGGCCAUUUACUGACGGUCGAUACGGACACUUUUAUCGGCGACGGCCGUUUCCAGGUGCACCAUCCGGCCAAUUCAGACAUUUGGACGUUGCAUUUGAGAGCCGUUCGCGGAUCUGACGCCGGCAAAUAUGAAUGCCAAGUUUCCAGCGAGCCCAAACUAAGCCUCGUCUAUCAAUUAAACAUCGUCGUUCCGCAGGUGGAGAUCAGAGGCGCUCCGGAUAUAUACGUCAUGUCCGGUAGCGGAGUCGCUUUGCAUUGCGUCAUUUCAGGAUUAAUCGAGACCCCACCGUACAUUUUUUGGUACCAUAAAACCGAGAGGAUAGCCGGCUCGGCACUCGAGGAAUCGCGGACGUACGAAGGAUCCAAAGAGGUGGCAGCACUAGCGCCGUCUGGCGCUACGAAAAACGGAUGGAGCGCCCGCGUCACCCGCCUGGGACCUGAUUCUCUUCUGGCCGUCUUGAACGUUCCGCCUGCCACGCCCGACUUUGCCGGCAACUACUCGUGUGGACCUCCUAGCCUCCAACUGGCCAGCGUCACUCUACACGUUCUAAAUGGAGAGCAGCCAGCAGCCAUGCAACACGGGAAGAACGGCGGAAUAGGUGCCGCCCAAUUGGCCAGUUGGUGGAACACAGCGUUCGUGACUUUGCUCUUUAUGAUGGCCGCCAAAUGGAUGUCGACAGCAGCGAUAGCCAACGAGAAACUAGACAAUGAAGUCGCGUCAGUAGAUGGUAAUACGAAACCGAACUGCUCGACCGAUUGGACUGUUUUACCAAUCGGUGGAAAUGAGGUGCCGCUUUGCUGGACGAAAGACGUGUCGUCACGAUGUCCGAUGAUGACUGUCUCGGCACGCAGUUCGUGAUUGCUGAGGGGAGAAAGGAGAAGGGGAAAAGAGCUGGAAACCGGAACCGAGGGGCGCGUGUGGGUCUGUAAAUAUAGGAACAACGCUCGCUGGAAGCCGAUAGGAAGCGCUUGAGAGAAAAACGAGACCUGUGUGGUACAAUAUUGAGCGUUAUUUGACUAUCUAGGUAAUCUAGACACAUUUUCAUUGCAUAAUUAACUUUACCGGCGAUGAAACUCGAUCCCUUCACCAUCUCGUUUCUAUAUUAUUACCUCUUCUAAAAAAGAAAUGGAAAAAAAGGAAUUAAGAAAUGAUUAAAAAAAAAAAAUACAUUUUGAAUGAGUUUGUACAUUUAUACAAUGUUUGGCAUUGUCACAUAUAUACGCCCAGGCAUCCCAAUUCAUUACUUGUCACCCUCCUUCCUAUUUGUUGUGUAUCAUUAUGUUAUGGACUAUGUUUGUACCAGGACGAAACCAGAAUGGUGACAAGUAUACAUAUUUAAUCAUU